AGCACCACUCCUUUAGAAUUCAACAAGUUACGACAGUGCAGUGGCAAGACGAACUAUGCAGAGAUUUGCCAAAUAUCGUGAACCUUUAUCCAACAACCAAGAAGCGAAGACCAAAAUAUAAAAUUGAUCCACAAUAGCUCACGAAAAUGAUAUUGGGUAUUGAUGGACCUUCAAUGUCCCACAAUUUCAAAUGCACACGUUAUAACGCAUUUUACAAAUAAACUUGUGUUUUUCUCCCCUUGUGCAUUGUAAACUGCUGACUAGAUAUCUUGUGACGCAUAACUAUAUCGGAUCUGUAACCAAGUAACACAAUAUGGAUACUGUCCUCCUAAGUGAUCUUGAACGCUUCUACCUCGUACAGGGAGUUGAAUUGGGAUGUAGAAUGGACGGCCGCAGGCCAAGCGAAUAUCGACCUUUAGAAAUUGAGACUAGUAUCUUAAGUCACGCGAACGGCUCAGCGAGUAUUCGCAUUGGUGAAACAUUUAUUUUGUGUUGUGUCAAAACGGAAGUUGGUAAACCAUCUUUAACUGCUCUAAAUGAAGGUCGUAUAGAAAUUAAUGUUGAAUGUUAUCCUACAGCAACUCACCGUUGCAAUGAUAAAAUAGCAUCUGAAUUAGCCGAACGCUUGAAAGCAACAUUACAAUCAGUUUAUCAAUCAGAGUUUCUUGAUCUUAGUUCAUUGUGUAUACAACGUGGUCGACAAUGUUGGAUUGUGUACAUUGACUUACUUAUAUUAGAAGGUGCUGGAAACCUGCUUGAUGCAUCAUCUUUAGUCAUUAAGGCUGCUUUACUCAAUGCAACACAAUCGAAUUCUUCACUGAUAUCUGUUUUUCAAAAUAAGAAGAAAAUGUUGACUUCGGAGUCCUCAGCUGAACACUCUUAUGAAGAUAUGCUACCUCUAUUCGUUACAGUGCAUAAAAUUGGGAAUGCUUACGUAAUCGAUGCUACUAAAGAAGAAGAGGCGUGUUCACUAUCCAGGUUGUCUGUUGUUAUAUACCCUGACGGAUCAUUAGGAUCUAUAGAACGUGAUGGAUGUUGUAGUUGUCAGUUGGAAACAAUUGUUAAAAUGUCAGAGCUUGCAACCACAGUUGGAAAGGAAUUAAAUUAUGCUUUAAUAAACACACUGGAAUUAGAGAAACAAUUGCGUUCUUCAUAGAAAAAAAUAUAGUAUCUUUUUAUAUAUGAUAUAAUUAAAUGUCUUUUCAUCAUUGUUUCCAGUGUUAUGCAAGAGAAUAUGAUAGAUUUUUUUAAGUAUCCAUUGAAUUCCAACUUGAGCAAUUCGAAAUAACCUAUUGCUUUUACUAAUAACACAAAAGGUUGUUCAGCAUGUACGGUAUUUUUUCGUUUCGCAGUAAUGAAAUAUGAUAU